AUGUACGCCUCUUCGCCACAGUCGACUUUAACAAACAGCGUUAGCGCAAGGGGUUGGGGCGUUGAGUUAAAGAAAACUGAAGUUCAAGACAAUAAUUCCAGUAAUUAUGUUUAUUUAAAAAGUAAUAGGAAUCGUAAAGUAGUUAAAACUUGGCGCCUUCAGAAUGGCUCUGAUGAGUGUUCCAUUAAUUUAUUAAGCUCUGUAUUGACCACGAAAAAUGGUUCAUACUGUAAAAAACAUGAUAGUAAUAGUCUUAACGCCUUACAUGCUUCUAAUAACAACAUUGCUAUUGCUGGCGGUAAGUAUAAUAGUAAACCUUAUAAUAAUAAUGAAAAUAAUAGUAGUAAUAAUAAUAAUCUUAACACCAGCAGCACCAACAACAAUGAACUUGUUAAUAAUUAUAGUAGUAAUAAAGGAAGUACGAAGGGUAGUGUUAGUACUGAUAUCCCUAGCGGCGAUGCCGUUGUUCCUAGUACUGUCACUUCAAGUAGUUUAGAGAAUGAACUUAUUUUAAACCAAUUACAAGUACAUUUACACGACGUCGCUUCUACCCCUUCUAAUACUUUAGAAUAUCCGUUAUUGUUGCUUGCUGAAGCUGAGGAUCUAGCGAGUCAGCAAGUUGCUUAUUUUCAGGAAAGUCGCUAUCCCGUUGACCCUGAAAUGCGAACACUUAGAAGUCGUUUAAUCUCUACUCUAUCAAAAAUAAUAUUUUUGGAUUUUGACUUCGCUGUGGAAAACGAUGUGGAUAAAAAACUUUGGAAACUUUGUUUUCAUAAGUCUAUUGAAGAAUAUCGUAAAACAAUUAGAGAAAUUUCUUUAAGUAUUGAGUCUUUACGGAAAUCUGAAGUGAUGUCUAGUGAUCCGACUUGUUUGACAACUGCUUCGAAAGCUUUAGUUCUUCAAAAUAAAAUUCUAGAGUUAUCAAGAUUAUGUCGUUGUUUUCGAGGUUUACUCAACGAAGCUGUAGGGUUUUAUACUUACUUAGCUGAAAGACUCGCCCGUUGCUUUGAUCUCCACUUUAGUUCACUGGUCUCCUUUGAUUCUGUCGGGUUUUCCGAGUGUCCCACUUAUGAACAGCCCACUGCUGCAAGCCGUUAUCCAGCUCUUUUAAGCGUCCACCGUUGUUUAAUUUAUCUCGGUGAUCUUGCUCGUUAUUUCGAGGUCAGUUGUGAAGUAACCUCGAAAGAUUUUAUCAUAAGCCGAGAUUACUAUUUACAAGCUCUUGGACUUUUAUCCAUCAAUGGUCUUCCACACAAUCAACUGGCUGUCUUGAACACGUACUCUGAGGAUUAUUGCGGUGCUGUGUAUCGCUAUUGUCGGAGUUUGCUGGUUGCCGAGCCUUUUGAAACUGCUAAGUGGAACUUGCAAAAAGUUUUUGAGGGCUUUAAGACAGGAAAAGCUUCUUGUAUAGAGAGACAUCGGAAUUAUAAGAAAGCACCAGCACUGCAAGAGUUUCUUCAGGCGUUUCUGGAACUUCACAGUCGCUUUUUUCACGGGGAAAGUAGCAUUGAAUCACUCCGCGUGCCCAUGAAGCAGCUUCUGACUAAAUUGCUGGUUGCUAUAAAGAAGAAGGCCAUCUGCAGCAGUACCAUGUUUCAGCUUGUUAUUAUUAAUAUAUCGCUCUUUUACGGCUACGGGAAAGACACUGUUCCCACCGUCAUAGAGACUUAUUCUCUUCGUCGGGAUUUUGCUACUGAAUUUAUCUUUAACUUCAUGGCGACAGUUCUGACAUCGACCUCAAAGUUUGUUCAAACGGCUGCUCAGCUAGAGAGCAGCAAUGACUCGGAUCCCCCCGACAACAGAGUUCCUUACAGACGCAGAAUGCCCAAGCAAAAGAACCGCGGCGACCAUCCGCCGUUUAUGUCAUCUCUGAAAGUGUUUUUUGAUUGGCUGCGCUGGUCCUGUGAUGCCUGGUGGCCUCCCCAUGAGCGCUCACGUCAGUUGUUGAAUCGUCGUUUGCUUCCUAGUUUGGCUUCGAUGAUUCAUUUUUUGCCACUCGCUUUUAAACUACCCAAAGAUCUACUGCUCUCUGUCACGGUCUUCUGGCGGCAGCCCUCGCCUCUUCCGGAAGACAUCGAGCUUCAAGGCUUCUCGCCACUAUCUACUGCUGUUAGUAAGUACGUGAUGGACGGGAAACCCACCGAGGAACCUCUUCACAUCCGCGUUCAGUGUUUUGUAGCAUUUGCCCAAUGGGCCAUACAGAAGUUUGACUGCCGUGACUUAUUUUUGGGGCCUGGUCGUCUCAGUAGUGCCGUUUCGCCAAUUUUUUUUGAAUCUUUUGGAGAAAAGCUUUAUGGAAACCUUAAUGUGGGCGUAACGCUUGCCGAUAGUCGCAAAGACUGUUUAAGCGCUGCCAGCGCAUUUAAAACCAGCGAGGCAGAACUUGACGGCAGUAAGCAAAGUUAUGUAGAAGCCGAUGACGAUGAUGGCGCUGACCUCCUUCACGCCGCUAGUGCUUAUGUAGCACCUCCUCAUCUUUUAGAGCACCAUGAUCCCGUUACUAACGAAACUGUCUCCCCUCCAAGCUUAUCUGCCAUAUAUUCCUCUCCCGUUCUCCCUUUCAACGAAAAAGAUUUUCCGCAUAUACCCUCUGCUUGUACGAAAAGCGAGGAUGACGACUUGGUUCAUCUUUGUCAAACUGCCGCCCUACCAAACACUUAUGAGCCCGGCCUAUCCCCUAAAUCCGCUCAAGAAAUUCCUUCUUCCGCCCUCAAUGUAAAUUACUUUAAAGCGUUUUCUUUUUCUCCAGGGGGUUGCACAACCUCAGAGCGCCGCAAUGAUUACUCGCUUUUCGGGUUGGUAGAACCGAUAUCGCCUUCUUGCGUCAAUGAGAGCCCCUUCCUUCCUCCGUACCUGGCGCCUUUAUCUCAGUGGCGCCCCCGCUGUGACUGGCAUACCCCCUUGCCUACCACCGAAGUAAAGGACUUUGCGGCGAUCCACCGGGAAGGCAGCAACGCGGGGGAUACGUGUGAAUCCGGUGAUACUGGUUCUCGGUUACUCACUUCAUCGAAAUUACUAGGAAGCGUACUAAAGUCAAGUUCUUCUGAGUACGCUUCUUUUACCGCGUCCACUUCUCGAAGUGGUCGUCUUGAUAGUGAUGGUGAGCGGAAUUCUGAAACUUGAAUUAUAAAUUUUAGGCCAACUAUGAUAUUAGCCUACAAUACCCGCUCUCACCGCUUCUAAGUUGGCUCUUGUUAAGCCAGCAUAGCAUGUGCGUAUGCGAGGAGCGCAACUGCAAGUCUUUGCGCUAUAGUUGAACUUUUUUCUUCUUUUAUAGUCUCUGAAGGCUGAGCAAGCGAAACUUAAACCACUCGGUUCUCCGAUUCUUAUUGUACUCUAGUACGAUUGAGUUA